AGGCAGCCCUAACCUUAAUGCUCGACUGUGAUUGGUCGAUUGACUUAAGAACAGCUGAUUUGAAAUAGCACAGCUGAUUCCUCGAGGAUAUCGGGUCUGUUUACUUUAUUCUUUGUUUUUUAUCCUUUUUGUACAUAUUUGAUUAUGCGAGGUAGAUGUGUUAAUUAGUUUAGUAAUUAAUUAGUUAAUUAGGAAGAAGUAGAGACCAAAAGCGAACUUAACCUCACUUUUGUGUGUUUUGCUGUUCCAAGUUACAUAAAGAAAUCAUCCAACGCAAUGGAGCCCGAAGACAUAGAUGAGUCUAACCAGUCCAAGCCAGUGAUGCUGUUUGGUCGAGAUAUCAGGAAGGUUCCCUGCUUCAAGCGUAGUAUGUUGAACGGCAUCUAUAGUGGCUUAGCAACUGGCCUGGUCACCUUCAUGCUGACGAGUCGCGUCAGGUUUUCGACCAACAUGGCCCUGGGAUCCUACAUGGGUGUCUCUGUAGUUUACUGGUGCUACUGCAGAUACGAUCAUGUGAUGCAAAAGUACGCCUUUAAUGAUAUACAAUACAUUAUGCGGCAAAGAUCAAUGGGUAUUAAAGAGGAAGACGAUGAAACCUUCCAGCAGCAACCAAAAAAGCUAGUCGAUGCUUGAGACAUUCUGUAUAUCUUGUUCCGAGAACUUUGAGAAUUAUUAGCGACCAGAACAGAUAUAUCGUGGAAUGUUUCAUUACGCAGAAGACAAUGCAAUGUGUAAUAUAUAGUUUAUUGUAUUAUUUAUGAAAUGUGUAUCUAAAAAGAGCUGUCUGAAGCUUCUUAUUGACAACUUUUGUUUCAACAAAUUAUAUACAUAAUAUUUAUGUAUGUAAUUUGUAUUUGUGGAAUUGUUGGUCUGUGCGAUUCAAAUGUGUAUAUAUAUAUACGCAGAAAUAUAUGAUACACUAGACAUAAAUAAUUUUAUACUAAUUGAUACAAGCUCCUAGAUUUCAAUAGUGUACAGUUCAAUUGUCAUGUAACUUAAUCAAUGCGUGAUUGUUACACAAUUUUAUUAAGACAAGAUGUAAUUGAUAGUUAAUCUUUAUUAAUUUAAAAA